AUAGUGUGUAAAAUUUUAAUGUGUAUCUCCACCAUAGACUGUAUAUGAUCUCCACUGCUUUUUGGCGCCACCUGCUGGUGAGAGAAAGUACAUGACGAUGGAUUGACGUCAUCAGAUGGGUUCGGCAUAACACGUGACCUGCCGGUAGUUUCCAGAUUCAGACCGAAACAACAACUUCUCUUUCUUAAAACGUGAAGUUUUGUCUCUUUUGAAGGUUUAAAGAGUAUUUUCUCUCAGGGGACGUUUUUUGGAGGACACCUAGCAUCUUUAAAACCCUCCAAGCAGAGCCGGACUCUUCUCUACAGGACUGUGGAUGUGAGCUGAUGAAGAGUCAUGAUGAUGCUGCUGCUUUCAUCACCGACACCGUUCUAUGAAAAACCAGACUCUUCUGGACCUGGACCUCCACUUGGACCUGACCAUGGACUUGGAACUUACCCAGACCCUGACCCUGACCCUGGAUCCAGUUGUGUGUCAUUCAGCAGUGACCAGUCAAAGGGUGAACCUCUUCAUUUCAAAGAUGGAUUAUUUCAUGAGUCGAGGAUCCAUCAGAGACAAGAUUCCCUUGAUUCUGGAUCUGAACCUGGAUCUGAAUUAACCUGUGUGUCCUUGAAGAGUACCCAGUCAAAGGGGGAACCUCUAAUGUUUAAAGAUGGACUCCUACCUCUUAAACAGAGAGUGGACCAGGAGAGCUCAGAGGUUCUCAGUGCUCAGUCUGCCCAGCAGGAUCAAACACACCUGGACUCCAUAUUUAUGCUACUGGAGGAGAACAUCAUCACCUUUGUGAAGAACGAGCUGAAGAAUAUCCAAAAGGUUCUGAGUUCAGAUUACCCAGAGAGCCCAGAGAGUCAGAAGGAGGAUGAGGAGCAGAGGAGCAGGGAGGCUUUUUUGAACAUCACACUGAUCUUUUUACGGAGAAUGAAGCAGGAGGAUCUGGCUGCCCGUCUGCAGAGCAAAUCUCCUUUCAUGUGCCAGUUUAACCUCAAAUCCAACCUGCAGAAGAAGUUCCAGUGUGUGUUUGAGGGGUUUGCUAAAGCAGGAAACCCGACCCCUCUGAAUCAGAUCUACACUGAGCUCUACAUCACAGAGGGAGGGACUGCAGGGGUCAAUGAUGAACAUGAGGUCAGACAGAUUGAAACAGCAUCCAGGAAACCAGACAGACCAGAAAUAACAAUCAGACAAGAAGACAUCUUUAAAGCCUCAACUGGAAGAGAUGAACCAAUCAGAACAGUGCUGACAAAGGGAGUGGCUGGCAUUGGGAAAACGGUCUUAACACAGAAGUUCACUCUGGACUGGGCUGAAGACAAAACCAACCAGGACAUCCACUUCACAUUUCCAUUAACUUUCAGAGAGCUGAAUAUGCUGAAAGAGAAAAAGUUCAGCUUGGUGCAACUUGUUCAUCACUUCUUUCCUGAAACCAAAGAAGCAGCAAUCUGCAGGUUUGAAGACUUCCAUGUCGUGUUCAUCUUUGACGGUCUGGAUGAGUGUCGGCUUCCUCUGGACUUCCACAACACUGAGAUCCUGACUGAUGUCACAGAGUCCACCUCAGUGGAUGUGCUGUUGACAAACCUUAUCAGGGGGAAACUGCUUCCCUCUGCUCGCCUCUGGAUAACCACACGACCUGCCGCGGCCAAUCAAAUCCCUGCUGAGUGUGUUGACACAGUGACAGAAGUCAGAGGGUUCACUGACCCACAGAAGGAGGACUACUUCAGGAAGAGAUUCACAGAUGAGGAGCAGUCCGGCAGAAUCAUCUCCCACAUCAAGACAUCACGAAGCCUCCACAUCAUGUGCCACAUCCCAGUCUUCUGCUGGAUCUCUGCUACAGUUCUGGAGGAUCUGUUGAAAACAAGUGAAGGAGAGCUGCCCAAGACCCUGACUGAGAUGUACAUCUACUUUCUGGUGGUUCAGUCCAAACUGAAGAACGUCAAGUAUGAUGGAGGAGCUGAGACGGAUCCACACUGGAGUCCAGAGAGCAGGAAGAUGAUUGAGUCUCUCGGAAAACUGGCUUUUGAUCAGCUGCAAAAAGGAAACCUGAUCUUCUAUGACUCAGACCUGACAGAGUGUGGCAUCGAUAUCAGAGCAGCCUCAAUGUACUCAGGAGUGUUCACACAGGUCUUCAGAGAGGAGAGAGGACUGUACCAGGACAGGGUGUUCUGCUUCGUCCAUCUGAGUGUUCAGGAGUUUCUGGCUGCUCUUCAUGUCCACCUGACCUUCAUCAAGUCUAGAGUCAAUCUGAUGGCAAAAGAACAAACGACGUCCAAGGAAUAUACAGAGACUCAUCUCUACCAGAGUGCUGUGGACAAGGCCUUGCAGAGUCCAAACGGACACCUGGACUUAUUCCUCCGCUUCCUCCUGGGUCUUUCUCUGCAGACCAAUCAGACUCUCCUACGAGGUCUGCUGACACAGACAGGAAGUAGCUCAGAGACCAACCAGAAAACAGUCCAGUACAUCAAGAAGAAGGUUGAAGAGGACCUGUCUCCAGAACGAAGCAUCAACCUGUUCCACUGUCUGAAUGAACUGAAUGAUCGCUCUCUAGUGAAGGAGAUUCAACAGUACCUGAGAUCGGGGAGCCUCGCUACGGACAAACUGUCUCCUGCUCAGUGGUCCGCACUGGUCUUCAUCUUACUGUCGUCAGAAACAGAUCUGGACGUGUUUGACCUGAAGAAAUACUCUGCUUCAGAGGAGGGCCUUCUGAGGCUGCUGCCAGUGGUCAAAGCCUCCAACAAAGCUCUGCUGAGCGGCUGUAACCUGUCAGAGAAGAGCUGUGAAGCUCUGUCUUGUGUCCUCAGCUCCAAAUCCAGCCUGAGAGAGCUGGACCUGAGUAACAAUGACCUGCAGGAUUCAGGAGUUAAGAUACUCUCCACUGGUUUGAAGAGUCCACAUUGUACUCUGGAAACUCUCAGGCUGUCAGGCUGUCUGAUCUUAGAGGAAGGCUGUGCUUCUCUGGCCUCAGCUCUGAGCUCCAACCCCUCCCACCUGAGAGAGCUGGACCUGAGCUACAACCACCCAGGAGACUCAGGAGAGAAGCUGCUGUUGGCUGGACGGGAUGAUCCACAAACCAGACUGAACACUCUCAGAUUGGAGCGCGGUGGAAUCGAGUGGUUGAAACCAGGUUUGAGGAAGUACUCGUGUGAACUCACUUUGGACCCGAACACAGCUCACAGAUUCCUCCAGCUGUCUGAGAACAACAGGAAGGUGACGGAUCUGAGAAAGGAGCAGCCGUACCCGGACCACCCGGAGCGGUUCAACUACUGGCCUCAGGUGCUGUGUGAGCCAGGUGUGAGCAGGCGCUGUUACUGGGAGGUGGAGUGGAGCGGGAAAGUGUACAUUGCGGUGAGCUACAAGGGAAUCCGACGGAGCGGAGACAGUGACGCCUCCAAGUUCGGAGGGAAUGAGCAGUCCUGGUGUCUGACCUGCACUGACGGAGGCUUCAACGCCUGGCACAACAACAGCGGGACACUCAUCCCCGCCGCCGUCUCUCACAGGGUCGCCGUGUAUGUGGACUAUCCUGGCGGCAGUUUGUCCUUCUACAGCGUGUCCUCUGACACACUGAUCCACCUCCACACCUUCUACACCACCUUCACUGAACCAGUUUACCCCGGGUUUGGCUACGGGGUGAAGCUGAACGCCUAUGCAUUUCUGUGCACGCUGUAGACUAGCAGGGUACAAAGUUCUUUAUUUUGACUUUCUUUUGUUGUCUUUUUGUCCUUUCUUGAGGUUUUAUGUCUCUUUGGAGUCCUUUUGUGUCUCUUUUUGGUCAUUUAAUGUCCCUUUGUUGUCAUUUUGUGUUUCUUUGACUUCAACUCUUGACUAUGUCUCAUUACAGUGAGACAUAAAACCUCCAAAAAGCACAAUAUGACAUUUUGUGUGUUUUUUUUUGUUGACAUUUUGUAUGUCUUUUAGGAUUUUUUUGUCUCUUUGUUGUGAUUUUGUGUCUUUCUCUUGCAUUUUGCCUGUCUUUUAGUUAAUUUUAUCUCUCUUUGCGGUUAUUUUGUGUUUCUUUUGUUGUUGUUUUUUUUACAUUUUGCAUGUCUUUUUGGUUAUUUUAUAUCUCAUUGUAGUCGUUCUGGAGUCAAAGAGACACAAAACGAUAACGAUGAGACAUGAAACCUCCAAACAGCACAAAAUUACUCCAUAUUGUGUUUUUUGUUAAUGUCAGAAACCAGCUGGAGAAGUUUCACAGUGAAAUCUGUAGAUUCUUCACUUAAACAGAACAAGCUGCUUAUUGCAUUCACAUGUUUACAUAUUUAUAUUCUUCUGGUAUCUCUGUAUGUUUGCUAACUCAGAUAAUCUCACUCAGGAGAUUAAAUUGUUACUGCAGCUGAAGAGUUCAAAAGAAAAAAAAGAAAGAAAAAAAAUACAAAUAAAAUAAAGUAACAAUAGAUAAGAUAAAUAUAUCAAUAUAGUCACACUUGAUACAAUGUAUUUAUGUUUUAUAUUCACUGUGUUAUAAAAGUAUCAAAUGAUGAUCAUGAAAUAAAUCCUGAAAUUAAAGAACAAAGCAAUCAAAAUGUUUUAAAGUACAUAUAAAUAUUUAGUAAUUUGUCAUAUAAAUAAUCAAAUAAAAAACUAAAGUUAGAUUAAAUUACAUUAAAUUUAAAUUUAAUAUAUUUGUAUUUAAAUAUAUAUUUGUUUUGAAAUUAAUAUUCAUUUAUUUAAAAGUAUUUACUUUGUGACGUGUGUUUGUUUACUUAAAUGUGUAAAAAAGAAAUAAAUAUAUUUGUUGUAAAAUGUAAUUUAUUUGAAAAUGAAUGUAAAUGUAUAAAAUAAUAAUUUUUGAGCUCUUUGAGCUGCAUGUAAGUUGAAUUUCUUCUGUUACGCAUGGCUACCUUUAUAUUUACUAUGAAAAAUUAAAACUUGUUUCAUAAUAUUCAAA